UAAAAACAAUGAAAAUGGUGGUCGACAUGGAGCUGGAAGAUGCGAAAAAAAAUGUAUUGGAUCUCAUCAAAGAAAAAGAUGAUCUGGAAAUGAAACUAUUGGAGCAGAAGAAUAUUUUAGAGAGUAACCGUGUGGGGAUGAAUGAUCCUUUAGUUGAUGAUGAAGAUUAUCCUCGAGCUGACGUUGACGUCUAUCAAGUCCGACAGGCUCGAAGUAGAAUAAUAUGUCUCCAAAAUGACCAUAAGGCUCUUAUGAGAAGAAUCGAAGCUGGUUUGGUGAAAGUACAUUCAUUAGCAGGCAAAGGUGGUGAAGAAUCUGCUACUAGCCAAGUGACAGCAUCAGGGAACCUUCAAGAUGACGAUGAAUUGCCGUUGGAACCUUUCCUUCGAGUUAAUCUCGUGUCUUCUGGGUCACCUGCUGAGCUAGCGGGUAUUGCUUUGAAUGAUCUUGUGAUGGAAUUUGGAUCAAUAAAUGCCCAGAACUUCAGGUCUCUGAAAGACAUCGGAGAUCUUGUGGAACAGAGCCGCUAUAAGGAGAUUAUGGUGAAGGUCAAACGUGUCGACAUGAAAGUAGUCGUUCUAACUCUGACACCUCGACCCUGGGCUGGUAAAGGAUUGCUAGGAUGUAAUGUCAUACCUCUGGAAGCCGUGGAGAGAUAAAGAAUAUUUAUUUUUUUUAAAUCAAUCUUAUUAAUGAUUCAUAUUAUCUAUUAUAGUUUUAAUAAAUUAAUAAUUCUUGUACUUUA